CAUAAAUAAUUUUGGUUUAUAUAUUCGAUAGAUUCUCUUGCUUGAAAGCAUAUUUCAAGUAUCAAACACUUGACUCUUCUGACUCAGUAUAUUGUUACAUUGCAUUGCAUCUUUUUGGUAGUUUCUUUUUCUUUCUUUUGAAUUACUACGUCAGCACCUAUUCAUUUUGAAAGUGUGUUGGAAUUAUUGUUUUGUUUUUGAAUUCUUUACAAUGAAGUUUUUGCCGUCUACUGCUUUUUUGCUUUCUCUUCUUAGUGCCACCGGUGUCUUUGCUUCUCCGGUACCUGCUACUGCAAGCACUAAAUAUGAGUUGUCACCCAAGAAAAAAUUUGGUAUCAUGAGUUUUCACUCCGGUAAUUUCAAUGUCCAUCUUCAUCCGUUCUUUGUUGGCGAGUCAGGACAUGUCUAUUUGACCCAAUAUGAUAAUGCUGAUCAGGUUAAUGAGUUUUAUCUUAAAGACAGUCAAUUAUUCCAUAAGGAUGAGAUUGCUUCUCUUGACAAGGAUGGAGCUCUUGUCUUUAAAUCCUCUAAUAACUCUUCCUUGACCGGUUUUAACACUAAGCAACUUACCACUGGCAUCGGCUACGAAUUCCGUUUAAACACUAGUUUCCCAGUUGCAUGCCAUGUUCCAAACACCAAUGAAGUUUAUCAAAUUUAUUAUGGAAGAGAGAAUCAUACCAGUGAGUGUGUUGGUAUCGCUACGGAGCUUAUUAUUCCCUAAACGGUUUGUCAUUGUCAGAUGUUUUUAUCGGUACAUCGCAUAUCCUUCCAGAAAAGAUUUGCAUUUGAUUCAUCUGGAUACUAUUUAGCAUCAAAAUACAAGUCUUUUUAUAAUCUAUAUUCUUAUUUUCCAUUUACUUUAUUUUGAUAGAUCAUAUUCCAUUGAGUAUAAACAAAAUCUAAAUAUCUGAUAAAGUAUUCAUCAA